AUGAACCUUCCUCUGCCGGACGAGUACGCCGCCCACGACCCAACAUCAGAGUUCUGCGCGGCGCGCUUCACCACCAAGUGGUUCGACGUGGUCCGCGCAGGCCACGUGCAGUACUGUAUCGGCAGCGCGGCCUCGCGGCUGCACUGCUUCCACACGCCGCCCGAAUUCCACAACGACCAGCACGUCGACACGUUCUGCAUCGCGCAAAAUGUCGUCUUCGACCCCGGCCGGGACAUGUUCACCCUCGACUGCCCCCUCACUAAGCACGUUCCCCCUGGAGUCCCCGCGCCCCCCUGGACCUUCCAUCAGUACUGGUACGAGACGGGCCCGGGGCCGAUCUUCUGGCGGUGGAUCACGCUGCAGGACACGGCCGGGAUGGCCCUUGAGAAGGCCGCCCUCGCCGCGUCCGAUUGGACCCCGCGCACAUUCACGUACCUUCUUAAGCGCGAAGGCUCGGGCAACAUCUUCCACUGCCUGCACGAGAUCCUGUCCAUGACGCAGACUUUUGACGCGCUGCGCACGACGCGCGACCCGGUCACGGGUAACCCCUUCUUCGUCACCAUGCAGGACGUCGCGAAUACGCAGAUCGUCAUCAUCGACGGGCACAGCGACGGACCGUACUUUGACCUGUGGCGGCUGUUCUCUGGCCGGCAACCUAAGAGGAUCGACAGUAACACUGCCGCCGAGACGGCUCUCGCGAGAGAGGCAAGCGCGCAGGACGACAGUGCCACAUGGUUGUCCAGUCCGCUGGACAAUGUGAUUGUCGGCUUUGCCGGCGGGUCGAACCCUGUGUGGCACGACGAUUGGGAGAGGUGGGACUGCGUCAACGAGCUGAGGACCGUGUUUGUCAGGAGAGUGCUCGACUUCUUUGGACAUCUAGAAGAAGAAGAUGUUGCUCCGCCAAAACCCGGCGCCCUUCGCAUAACCUUCAUCGACCGCAAAGAAACCCGCCGAGUGCAGGACACACCCCAGCUGCUGGCACACACGCGCAACGCCCUGGCAAAGGCCAACGUGCACAUCCGCGCCGUUGACUUUGCUACACUCUCCUUCCGUGAACAGAUCGCGCUCGCGCGGGAGACGGACAUCCUGGUCGGCGUGCAUGGCGCGGGGCUGACGCACACCCUGUUCAUGAGGCAGGACAUGGGCGCGCUGGUGGAGAUCUUCCCAGAGGGCUUUGAGCUGCGGUGCUUCCGGGCGAUGGCGAGGGACCGCGGUCUGAGGUACUACAAGAUGCACGUACCCGUAGUGGAAAGGAGGGUGGAUGUUCACGCCGAGGACGUCAUUGUGCCCAUUGACCGCUUUAUCAGCAUCCUGGAGCAUGCGGUCAAGGCGUUGGAUAAUCGGCCUGGAAGUUUUAGAGAUUUCUGAUCAUUCUUUUGAUAUUUCAGGAUAGUUCAUAAAGAGACACCACGGGACAUACGACGCCUUGUCGCCAUUCCUCACACUCA